GACUGGAUACAGAGGCUUGUCUUUGCAAUGCCAUGUUUGUGUAAUGUGUACCAACUGCUGAAAGGGAUUCACAGAGCCUGCUCGCCUGCUCAGUCAUCUGAUGUUUUCUUGUUUCUGUUUCAGUCUUCAGGAUAAUUCCUUUAACAGCACAACUGCAGCAGAGAGUGAAGGUGAAGCAGGCUCCCUCCAUGAGGACCAGACUGUGUGUUCCAAACUCAGAGAUGACAAUAAUAAAGAAAACUACCCUCAGAGAGUUGCAGAACUGGAAGAACAUGCUUCACCGUCCUGGUCACAAUCUCAUGUGGAAAAAAAAAUGUUUGAUGGUGUGCACAGACCUGCUGUUAGCAUCUUACAAAUAAAGCAGUCGUGGUCGAGUGUCAAAUCAGAAAACGGGAAGAGUCAUGAAGGAAGUCAGGAAAUUGAGAAUGUAAUUCCUUGCCUUUCUGACAAUCGGACGACAAAAGGAAUGACAUCUCACGAUCACCCUCAUGUAACCCUGAGAGGAAGUGAUUUUCAGCCAAGAAACAGUCCUGUCAUGCUACUCCAAGCAAUUGAAAUUGCUGAACAUUUCCAACAAGCGGGUGAGGAGGAUGUGGGUCAGGCUCAUGGCUCAAAAGAGGCAUCCAGCUCAUUAGUACACAACGUGCCAACUGAAUGUGCCAACCAUGCAGAACCAGCAUCGACCCACCGCGACUCUCAGAGUGAUGCAGAUCAUGGUACUGAAGACUCACGUGGCAUUGGGACCAGCCGGCUGCUUUUCCAUAUCACUGAUGGGGACAAUCCUCUGCUGUCACCACGGUGCUCGAUCUUCAGUCAAAGCCAGAGAUUUAAUUUGGAUCCUGAAUCUGCACCUUCCCCUCCCAGCUCCCAGCAGUUCAUGAUGCCAAGAAGUUCAUCGAGAGGUAAUUGCGAAGAUUCAAAAGAACCUCUUACAGUGAUGCAGCUUACCAAACAAAUACAAAGUCUCAAGAGGAAGAUCAGGAAAUUUGAAGACAAAUUUGAGUUGGAAAAAAAUUAUCGCCCUUCCCACAGUGAUAAAACGUCUAAUCUAGAAGUCCUGAAAUGGAUGAAUGAUUUAGCAAAGGCUCGUAAACAACUUAAAGAGCUUAAACUAAAAUUGUCUGAGGAUCAAAAUGUGCCAAGGACGUCCCAAGGUAGUACUCAUGAAGAACAGUCUAUAGCAUCUGUUGUGGUAGAACAACAUGGAGCAACAAGUACUCCAAUGACAUCUGUAGAGGAAACGGUGGAAAAUGUAUGGAAGAGGCUGAAAGAAAACAGGCGACUUCUUCAUCUGCCAGAAAAUUUAAAGGAAAUGACAAAAAAGCAAAUGAAUCUGGAAAAAAUCAGUCUUCAGAAAUGCCUUCUCUAUUUUGAAAAUAUUCACGGACGGCCUGGGACAAAGCAAGAGAGAAGUCUCAUGAAGCCUCUCUAUGACAGAUACAGGAUUAUCAAACAACUGUUAUCUAGUGCAUCUUUGAUUCCAACAAUACAUGAAGAAGAGGACUCUGAUGACGAUAGUGCUCAAAAUAGCAGUGAGUUGCCUGCACCAGAGACAGAUGGACUGACGGAUGAACAGUUAACAUAUUCUAGUGAUGACCUUGAACCUGCAUAUGUUUCUCCUCUUGAUGAAAAACGGCCUGUAAGACAGCCAGCCCUGUCAAUGUCCAACCUACAUGAGGCAUCCAUGCCAGAGCUUCUUGAUCAGCUUCGGGAGACAAGAGCCGACAAGAAGAGAUUACGAAAAGCUUUAAGAGAAUUUGAAGAGCACUUUUUAAGACAAACGGGAAGGAGUGUACAAAAAGAAGACAGAAUACCGAUGGCUGAAGAGUACUGUGAAUACAAGCAGAUAAAAGCUAAACUUCGGUUACUGGAGGUUCUGAUAAGCAAGCAAGAUGUUUCUAAAACUAUUUAAUAUGAAUACUCCUUCAAGCAGUAUUCAUAGAAUAAUAAAAACAUGCUGUAUUUCUGCACAUUCAUGUACAACACUGAAAACCUGAUGCACUUUAAAUGGUAUACACUACCUGGUAGGGAUAUCAGUAGCAAGAAUUGCAAAAAAGGGGGGGUCACCGCUGUCUACAGUCUUCAAGAAAACCUGCUGAAGGGCAUUAUGGUUACUUCUGUGUCUGUUCUAGAGGAUCAUCACACGGGGCUAAUUUAAUAAGGCUUUCACCACAUAUGCCAUUUUGUUCUUUUGUUUGUAAUAUAGAAUUCGGUUUUAAAUCCUGUAUAUUUUAUGAUUCUCCUAAAGUGUUUUUUGCAAGCAGACUCCUUGUCAGAAGUGCCUUCAAGUUGUUGCAGGCGCCUUCCAUACAACUGAGUUAGAAAAGAGAGAUUUUAAUUAAAUAUUGUAUUUCAGAUUUUGGAAAGAUUAACUAUAUUGCUACCCUGUGCAGAUUGUAUAUAUUCUGUAAUUAUCUUUUUUUUUUUUUUUGAACUGUGUUUUUGUAAAUUUUUAAACUUUUUAUUUAUUUUGCAUGGUGCAGGGUUGUGCAAUAUACUCACUCCUUUGCUGCCCAGAGGUUAAAAUCUUGAAAUAUUGUAUGUUCCAAUAUUCAUAUGUUACAGCAUUCAACCAAAGGACUGUUCUGUAACCAACGAAAAUGGACAGAACACCUUCUGAAGACUAUUGGCAAGUUUUAUCAAUCUAUCAUGCAUUUCACACUCUUCCAAUCAUAACUUCUCCCCCAC